AUGGCAAAUCACAAACUGUAAAAACUUACAUAUAGAGUUUUAUAUUGCACUGGUGAGGAUCCCAUAUUCCCAGUAACUGAAUUACUUUAUAACUCACCACAAUGUAAAGGCUGGACUUCAGCUAAAUUUUGCGAGUAUCCCCAAGAGAUUAUUGUUCAAUUUACACACCUAGUUAGACUUAGAGAGAUUUAGAUCCUCACCCAUCAGAAUAAAAUUCCAUCUAAAAUAGAAUUAUUCUCUUUCUUGCCUAGUGGAUUCCAAGCUCUUUAAGGAGAACUACCACUUAAUAAAAUUUAAUUUGAAAAAUUGGGAUAUCUAGAUUUUGAUUCUAAUGAGAAAACUAAAUAUCAGGCGAGAGAGAUGAAAUCUGCAUAUGUUGAUUCUAUGGCUAUGCUUUUGAAAUUUAAUAUAUUCUCAAAUCACCAAAAUAAACUUAAUCUCUUCAAUUAAGUCUCGAUAAUUGCAGUAAAUUGUCUUGGGGAGCACUAUGUACCACCAUCUGGAUUAAGAGAGCCUAUACCUAUAGGUGGACGCUUUGAAGAAGAAAUGUAGUAUGAUCCUUCAACAAUAGAAAAAUUGAAACAGCUUUAUACUGCUAAAAAAUCAGCUGUUAUUGAGGGUGAUUAUGAAAGAGCGAUUAAAAUAAAAAAUGCUAUUGAAAGAAUGAAGGCUAUUGGAAUUAAAUUAAAUGAAUUAGUGGAUAAAAAAAGGUAAGCUCUUGAUAAGUAAGAUUUUAACUUAGCUAAAAAACUUACUGAUGAAAUAUAAGCAUUAAGGACAACAGUCCUAAAUGCCAGACUUUAAUUUGAAGAUACUUCAUAACUGAAGCCUCUGUCUAGAGAAUGGUCUAGAAAAGAGGUUCAGAGGAUUGUUGAAACUGACAAUCAUAGGCUAUUCGAUAAGAUUUAACUAACUACUGAGACUAUUAUGAGAAAUCCUAAAAAUCUAUUGUAACCAUAACUAGAUUAAGACAAAAAAUAAAUAGGCAACUAAUAACCCAUUACCACAGAUGAAUUGGCAAAGAAACUUAACUCCAAUCGACCUCCUCCUAUGAUUGGAGGUUAAGGAUAAGUCUCAGGAAUGGGGGGUGAGGUAGUGAAUGUAGAUGAGAUGGUAAUUCCGACUCAUACAGGUAAAAGUGGUCAUUUCAGUAUACCUGAAUAUGAUGAGUCUUCAAAGUAAAAUACUGAAGAAGACUUGCCUGUAGGAAAGUCAGAAGAUCUUACGGAAGAUGAUAUGAAAUCAGCUGCUCCUCUAAUUCCAGUUUUUGGAAUGGAAAUUAUUAAAAAGAUUUAUUCUGCUGAUUGGCAUUUAAGAGAGAAAGCUAUUUAGGAAGUCAUUGAAGAAGUAACUAAGGGAACAAAAUCCUAAAUUUGUGGUCAUAUUGAGUAAGAGAGGCUUUUCACUAGUUGUUUCGGAGUGAUUGCAUAAACCAUUUGCGAUAAAAUAGCCUCUGUUAGCAUUUCAGCUUCUGCAAUGAUAAUAAAGGUCUGUAAAGAAAUAUAUCCCACUAUCACAUUGAAUGUCAAAGGAGAAUUAAACUCGAAUCUGAAACAAACAUUUAAUUGGAUGUUAGAUAAAAUUGGUGAUAAUAAUGGAAAAGUUAGAGAAACUACAGAAGAGGCAGCUCUAGUUAUGGCUGGACAUCCUGCUAUUGGAACUUAAAAUAUGAUUGAGUAAAUUACCAAAGGAUAAGUCAAAAAAUCUGCACUUAAUUCUGUUAAGCAUAACUCAGGAAAGCUUAAUUUAUUAAAGAAAAUACUUUAAACAUAUAAAGUAAAGCAAAACUGGGAAGUAGUAAGUGAAUUUGCAAUCAAGCAUUUACAAGAUGGAAAUGCUACAGUUAGGGUAGCAGCUUAUGCAGUGUUACUAGAGCUUUAUCUCUUGAUCGGUAAGCCACUAAUGAGUGAAUUCAUAGAUCUCUCUCCUCAUAAACUAGAUAUUAUUAAUAGAUCUUUUGCCGAGGCUGAUAAAGGAGAUAUUUAGGCUGCGUAUUAAGUUAUAGGUCUUAGUAACUCGACUUCUAAAACAAAUACUAGCGUUGGUAAAUCAAUGGAUUUAAAAUCAAGUUAAAAGAUAUCAAGAUCAAUGAGUAAGAAAUCUUUUGCAAGUUCGAAAUUUUAACCAGGAAAAUGUAAUUUCUGUGAUAUUGAGAAUGAAGAAUUUGAUAGAUAGGAAGUACUUGAAAUACAUUAUUUCGAGGACUGCAGAUUCUUUGCGAAAUGCUAGUACUGUUAAAUGCAAAUAGAAAUAAAUGAUAUGUAGAAUCACUGGCUAUCUGAUUGUGUGAAAAAAGAUGAAUUAAGAUAGUGUCAAAGGUGUAAAGAAGUCAUGCAUGAGAAUAAAUUUGAAAAGCAUACGGUUGACAAUAAAUGUACUCCAAAUCCUACUAAUGAUGUGAUGUGCCCAUUAUGUGGUAUAAAUAUUAGUAAGCUUGGUCCAGGUAAAAUAGAGGAUAAAUGGAAGCAGCAUAUCAAUAAAGAGAGAUGCUCUAAAAAUCCAAGGAAAAAGUGA